AAAAAUAAUUUUCUCUUGAUGGCUGGUAAAACGUACACUCCACUAGUUUGUCGACUUCUCGAUAAAUCUGUUGAUAUGAUGAAAACAAAAAAUGGACCUAAAGUUGUUUAUGGAACUGCUAGUGUUUUGGUGUUUACUGCGGUUGUGUGUUGUGCUAAGGAUUGGUUUGAUGGACGAUUCAGCAAUAAACAUUAAAUCGAAAAAUUUUUUUGAGUGAGAAUUAGGAAAUAAAA